AUGAGCUCUACAUCAAAGUCUAAUCUUUAGGAGAACAAUAGCUUUCUUCCAAAUAUUGAUCCUAAGUCUUCUUAAAAAUAGAUAUUCACAUAGACCUUAAAUAGACCUUAAUUUUUUUAACAUAAAAAUAUAGCUUCAUCUUUAUAAAAUACACCAAAAACACUUAAUAAAUUUAAAGUCAUAGUUAGUAAACCUCAAGAAGGCCCUGCAAAAAAUGAAAAACGUGGUAGUUUUACUAAUACAAUUAGUGCAAUUACUUCUAAUAGAAGUAAUUCAGUUUCAGCUAAAUUUAAUUCUUCAUCUACUAAAAACAUUCAUGCUUCACCGAGCAGAUUUAUAAAUGACUCACCAAGAAUGAUUUCGAAAGAUAGCUUAGCAACUGUUUUACAAUAGAAAUAAAAAUAGAGCUAAUAAGGAAAGUAAACGCUACAAAUUCCUUCGAAUACUGUAAGCCAUUUUUUUAGUAAAUAAAAUUUAGCAGUUCCAAAAUCACAAAAAAUUUAAGCAAAGCAGGAUGCUUGUAAAACAGAAAUCAAAAGCAACGUUUCAGAUUUAUUUUUAAAUGUCUCACACAAGGAAGAAGUAGUCUAUGACGAAAGUCCUUGUAAGAUGCAGUAAAUUAGAGAUGUUAAAAAGCAAGCUAAAGUAGGAUUGGAUUUAAAGAUUAAUCUAAAUAAUAACUAACCAAAAUUAUAAUAAAAUGCCUUAAGUGAUAUUAAAUAUCCUGGAAGCUGUAGACAUUAGUAAGAUAUUGUUUUAGAGAUUAUUAAGGAGGAUUUAUAAAGCUCAGAGAAAUCACCUAAUAUUUUAUAAUUAAUGUCCCCUAUUUCUCCAACCCCAAAACAAUAUGAAUAAUUUAUAAAUCCCAAGAAGAGUAUAUUUAAUUUCAAUGAUAACAGGUUAUAUGGAGAUGAAGCAUUGAAUGACAAUCCUUUAUUAAAAUUUAACAAAAAUUAUAAAUAACUUGAGAGAAUAGUUUAGGUUAAUGAUCAUUUCAAUGCAGAGAAUAGCUUAAAUGUUGCCUUGUUAGAGCAAACUAUUGGCAAGAACAUUUUACCUCGUAAAUUAGGAAUAGUUAAGGAUUCUUAGCAUUAGUUCACAUUCCCAAAACCAGAUUAAAAACAUAAAUUAGAUCUAUCGAACUAGAAUAUUUCAUCAAGAUAUCAUGAGAUGAUUUCAUCCGCCAUGAGGCACGAUGAAAUGUAAACACUUUACAGCAUUAAUUUAGCAAGUAACAAUUUAACAGGAGAGUCUUUGAAAAUUAUUACAAGAAAUCUCCCUGAUAGUAUAGAGAAAAUAAACUUAGAAUAAAAUAACCUUGGAGCUAAUUGUGCUCUUGGAGUUAAUCCUCUACUAAAUACAACCAUUUUCAGAAGAUUAAGAAUCUUAAAUUUAGAAAACAAUAACAUUUCAGACUUUGGUUUUUCUUAAAUGGUGGAUGCCCUCAUUCAAAAUAGAUCAAUUUAUUCACUUAACUUAUCUCACAACAAAUUAACUGACGGCUCAGGAGACAUUAUAAGGCAACUUCUAAAAAACAGUUCUUAUCUACAAGAACUCUAUCUCCAUUGGAACAAAAUCUCUUCACAAGGUGGUCUUGCUAUUGCUGAAGGACUUGAAGAUAACAUAACGCUUACUGUUUUGGAUCUCAGUCAUAAUGGAUUGGGAGCUUUAAAAAAAUUGAGAUGUGGAUUGUAAAUAGUAAAGAAUUGCAGCAUCUAAGGAUCAUCUAUGAGACAUUUGGAUUUAUCAUUUAACAUGUUUUAAAAUGAUGAGUCCCAAGAUAUCGCUUAAUUUUUAUAAGAAAAUAAUAGAAAUCUUUUUGGUAUUCAUUUUGAGGGUAAUUUGGGAUAGGGUGUUUUUGAUUCAAGAGGAUUCCUUAAAUUCAAUAGAAACCAAGCCUAGGAUGAAAAGAUUCAUCAAGGAAUGAUUGAGAAGAGAAGAAUAAAAGGAUUAAAAUGCUUAGGUUAAAACAAACUGUAAAAUUACAAUUGCAGCUUUAUAGAUAACUGCUGGAUUUGUGAUGGGUGGUAAGAAGUCAAAUUCGAAAUUAAAGCUGGAUGCAGUGAUAGUUUUUUAGGAAAUCCUGUCUUUUUACAUCUUGACUUUGAGAAUUACAGACCACACUACAUGACUCCUGAUCCAGAGGACCCAGAAAAGUUUGUGUUAUACCGCAUGUGUCCACCUAACAGAAAAAUUUAUUUCUUUUUUAGUGACCCAACUUAACCAAUAAUAUACUAUUCUAAGCACUAUCCUUACACAGCUUUUAAAUAGAAUAGCGAGAUAGAGUUAAAAUUCUACUCUGAGUCAGUGAAGGAAACUUAAGAAAAAUAGAAACCUGUUGAUUAUUUUACUCCAACAUGGAAAUUUUAAGCUUGCACUAGAGAUUCUGCUAAGAGCUUUUUCUAAUUGUAAUAUUUAGAUAGCACUAUUGUCGAGUAUAUAUAGCCAAGCUUUAUAAAUUGCUUAGAAACUAAAAUGGAAUAAAGAAUAUUUUAGAAGCACGAAUCAGAACCUCAUAUUAAGUGUUUACCUAGGGAGCCUGAGACAUUCUUCUAAAUAACUAAAACAGAUAAAUGGUGCUUUGAGAUAUCUCUUUUCAGAACAUAUAUUAGGGAUUCAGAAGAUUUACUUAAUAAAUGCUUUGAAUUUGAUUGGAAUAAUAGUAGAUGUGAAAGAGUGCUUAGCCAGUCGGGAGACGCUCUUUUAUGCAAACAAAUUUUAAGAAAAAAGUAUAGAAUGAUCAAAAAUUGCUAUAAAUUUUUCUCUUCAGUUUCGAUGGUUGGUGACGUUCCAGGUAUAGCUCAAAACUAAUUUUCAAAUUUGUUACUCAAAUGCAAGGUGGCUGAUGGUAAACUUCUAAAAAUAAGUGACGGAGAUAUUUGCUUUAUUACUACUAAUGCUAGUCUUGAGAAGAAUGCUGACCAUUAGCACCGUAAUCCUGACAAACAAAUAGUUAGACACUAAUUUAUGGAAGCAAUAGCAAGAUUAGCAUUAGAUAAGUAUUAUAGAAAUAACUAUGCUAGUACAUCAUAAGAUUCCUUAAAUUUAUUCCUAGAUGACCCUCUACUAAUAGAGAAAUUUUUAGAAGUAGGAGAUCCACAAGAAUGGAGAGACACAAGAUAUUGGAAUGAGGAAUGCGAUAAUGUUUUGAAAUAGUACUUAGGAUUUAUAAAAAUUUUGUGGGAAAGCAUUGCAGACUCAAAGAAAGUAGAAAAGAGAUACUUUUUAAACUACAAAACAAUGAAUGUAUAUGAACUGUAAGAAAUGAUUAAGCAAUAUGAUCUGCUAGAUGAUUUUUUAACUGAAAGAGAUGUUUUACUUUCCUUUAAUUUAGCUAUGAUGACUUAGGAGAAUGAGCUAAGUUGUGAUAAAUACAUACAAAUGAAUUUCGUUGAAUUUUUAGAAUGCUUAGCUCGUUUGGCAGAAAAAAAGAGCAUGGUGCCAGUCGGUGAGAAUCCCGAAGACUAUACAGAUUAGGAAAGAAAGAAUCUAAAUCUUAGCUAUAAGCUAUCAAGUUUGUUAGAAUAAAUGAAAACAAAGUAUGAAAAUAUUUAAUUGGCUAAAAGAGGCGAACAAAAGUAGAAAAAAGAAAAAUAAUUCGUAAUUAAAUAAUAAGUAAAAUUAACUCCUCUAGUACCAGAUGCGAAAGCAACUUUUAGAAUAAUAUCAUAAAGCAAUUUGUAAACUUCAAGAGAUGAUCCUAAUAAAUCUGGAUAGUAAGAAAAAUUAAACAUUAGUUCUAAUAACUUUUUCUAACCUACUUAGGCAUCAUUUUAAUCUUGUUCUAAUUAAUAAUAUUCUGAAUAAAACCCUUAAAAGCUAACAAAAAAAAGGAGUACUUCCUCUAAUUAAUAAUAAAAUCUAUUUACAAAUUAAUAUUACUUUCCAAUUAAUUCUCUUGAUGAAAUAGAUGAUUCUUUGUUGUGA